AUACAUCACCACAUCACUGUCUACUAUUAGUUGACUUCAAGGGGACACGAUUCGGAUAACUCCUAAUUUCAGACACAAUGUCUGCGACUCAGCUGCUAAAUCCAAAAGCAGAAUCACGACGGAGAGGGGAAGCUUUAAGGGUGAACAUCAGUGCCGGCGAGGGCCUUCAAGAUGUCCUGAAAUCGAAUCUUGGUCCAUCAGGGACCAUAAAAAUGUUGGUUGAUGGGGCUGGUGCAAUAAAACUUACAAAAGAUGGGAAUGUACUUCUUCGAGAGAUGCAAAUUCAAAACCCUACAGCGGUCAUGAUUGCGCGCGCGGCUACGGCGCAAGAUGAUAUCACCGGAGAUGGUACAACAUCAGUAGUUCUCCUUGUCGGGGAGUUGCUCAAGCAAGCUGAUCGACAUCUAUCUGAGGGCUUGCACCCGCGUGUGCUUACUGACGGGUAUGAAAUUGCUAAAACUGAAGCACUCAAGUUUCUUGACAAGUUCAAAAUCCAGAGAGAAAUCGACCGGGAACUGCUCCUCUCCGUUGCCCGAACCUCCCUCUCUACCAAAUUGAAUGGUGCCCUAGCCGAAAAAUUGACUCCUUCUAUUGUCGAUGCGGUUCUUGCCAUUCACCGGCCUCCUAACAAGCCUGAUCUUCAUAUGAUCGAGAUCAUGAAGAUGCAACAUCGAACCGCUUCCGAUACCCAACUUAUUCGAGGCCUUGCCUUGGACCACGGAGCGCGUCAUCCGGAUAUGCCAAAACGUGUCGAGAAUGCCUUUAUUUUAACGUUGAAUGUUAGUCUGGAGUAUGAAAAGUCAGAAAUUAACUCUGGUUUCUACUACUCCACCGCGGAGCAGAGAGAUAAACUGGUUGAAAGCGAGAGGAAGUUCGUGGACUCGAAGCUGCGGAAGAUUGUCGAGCUGAAGAAGCAAGUUUGCGGUGAUGAUCCAAAGAAAGGCUUUGUUGUUAUUAACCAGAAGGGUAUCGAUCCUUUGAGCUUGGAUGUGCUUGUCAAGAACGGAAUACUUGCCCUGCGUAGAGCAAAGCGUCGAAAUAUGGAACGGUUGCAACUUGUGUGUGGUGGCACUGCACAAAACAGCGUUGACGACCUUAAACCGGAAGAUCUCGGAUGGGCGGGUCUCGUGUAUGAACAUCAACUAGGCGAGGAAAAAUUCACAUUUAUUGAAGAUGUCAAAGAUCCGAAAUCGGUUACCAUCCUCAUCAAGGGUCCCAACCAACAUACGAUCACGCAGAUCACUGAAGCUGUGAGAGAUGGUCUUCGCUCUGUAUAUAAUACUAUAGUCGAUGGCUGUGUUGUUCCCGGAGCCGGUGCAUUCCAGGUUGCCUGCGCUGCGCAUCUUUCGUCCGAAGCGUUCAGGAAAACUGUCAAGGGAAAAGCUAAAUGGGGCGUCAGUGCCUUCGCCGACGCCCUGCUCAUUAUCCCCAAAACUCUCGCAGCGAACUCCGGCCACGAUAUUCAAGAUUCACUUGCGGCGCUGCAAGACGAACAGAGUGAAGGAAAUGCUGUCGGACUUGACCUCACAACAGGAGAACCGAUGGACCCCGUCCAGGAGGGUGUAUUUGAUUCCUUCAGAGUUCUCAGGAACUGUGUCGCCUCAAGUGCCGGUAUUGCGUCGAAUCUCCUGCUCUGCGACGAACUUCUUAAGGCAAGACAGAUGGGGAGGUCGGGCGGUCCAGCAGGAAUGGAUGAAUGAUUUAGGCAAAUAAAAAAUACCGGAAAUAGAUGCGUGAUAAAUAGCUGUAUUUGAAUAGAUACUCACCGGUUAUCGACAUAGGCGUACCUUAAAAUCUUGACAAAAAAUAAUGCAAUGAACGGAAAAGUUGCUAGUCAUGCUUACAAUUUGUUGGAACUUCAAAAGUGAAAGGAAUUCCCGUGUUUACUAUCAUCGUGCAUUUUCCUCUUCUUUAUACUAGAUCAUUCUCACGUUCGUGUAGCAGAAAAGUUAAUGAAGGAUGCAAAAAACCCAUAAAUUGAGGUUUAUCAAAAACCGGGUAUCUUCCAUAAACUACAUAAGUUUCCUAUGCCAACUCCCAAUGAAACCACCAGAUACAUAAUAACGCCUUUCUAUUCCCACCACAUCAUGCAUGACAUGCCUCAUCGCAUCAAUCUCCACUAUCCGUCUCCUCGUCUUCCUGGUCUUCAUCCUCAGGCGCCCAUUCACCCAAAAACCCUUCUUCCGCAACGGGAUCCUUCAAGUCAACUCGAUGAAUCUUAGCCCACUCCAAGACACUUUGUUUCCUCACUACCGCUUCAGCAGCAUCGCUAUCUACCACCCCAGUUGCUGUCGUCGUAGUUGCUGUCGACGACAAGGGAGCUCUUUUACGCUUCUUUCCCGGCUUUUCCGGCUCCACGAUCCCCAUCUCUUUGAGUGCCGUAAUGACGUCCUCAACCAGCAUUCCUGUUGCCUGGCCGAUUUCGCGAAUCGUCAUCUCCUCGCAGGCAGCUUUCCUUUUCGCACCCUUUGAGCCACCACCCAUCGGCCUUGGCGACCACGACGAUGAUGUGGAUGCAGAUGCAAUAUUGCGGCCAUAAGGUUCAGCACCAGGCGGACCCAGCAGGAAAAACCUCGAGAUCCUCUCCUCCCAAAAUCUUACAUAGCUCCUCCGUCCCAUCUCACUAAGUGGCCGUUCUGGGCCGCCAAUAAUUCCUCCUUCCCACUCCCACGCACUAAGUUUGUAACUUACACCCAUCAGCAGCUUGCCUAACUGCUUAUGUUGGUAAGGGGGAAAAAUCAAGAUACAGGCUAGGUUAUUCGCGUCCCACGACAUUUUCUCCUUUGAGAAGUAUCCCAGAACAUGAUAAUCAUUGGCGUCUUGCGGGUUGGUGAAGACGAGGAUAUAGUAGAGGAAGGAGGAUACGUCGAAAAAAACGGAUUUGUGGUCCAGGAAGAGUUUGGCAAACAAUGACAGGUUCUGCGCGUAGAGCUUAUGAUCCUCUCCAUCGAUUUCCCACACGGAAUACCCCCGCCAAUCAUAGACUUUGGUGCCAGGAGGGCUGGACCUGUGCUCGCAAAAGCGGGUGUGGCCUAGAUACGCGUCCUUGUCGCAUGAGUACCGGAAACACCAGCGACAGACGUAAACUCUGUCCGUGUCCUUUCCAACCAGCUCCUCUGGAUAUAGUGAGUGGAACCAGGUCUUGAAACGAAUAUUGCCCAAUACUACACUUUUUACAUUGCGGUCUGGGCUUGGUGGUUUGGACGAAGCGGAGGAGGCGACGGCAUGCUCAUUCGCAGGCAUGAUGUCGUCCCCAAUGUGGUGGGGUUGGGGCCGCAAUUGUUUUCACGAUGAAAGUUUUGGGAAAUUAGGGUCGCGGACGUUGCAUCUCGGCGGCGGAUACUUCUGAUACAUCA